AUGGUCAAGGGUAUUGCCAUUGUGCUGAUUUGCGGGCUUGCAAUAAUUAGUGCCUCACAGCCAAAGGACGCUGAGACUCAUCAGCACUUCAAGUUCCUGAAGACUCCGGCUUCCAAUUUAUUGGAUUUGGAUAUAAUGGAAGGACGAACUGGAAGAACAGAUGAUGGGAAAUGCCUGGCAGACAUGGACAAAGUUGUGGAGGGCUUGAAAGCUGGAAGCUUCUGGGCACUAAAAAUGAUCGAUUCUUGGGGAUCCUUUCCCUCGGGUCUGCUCACUGGAACAUUCUACGAUCUGGGAAACUUUGACGAGUGUCUUAGAAUCCAUCAGGUGAUUAGCAGCAGUCAAACCAUCCAGGGAAAAUACUGCUUCUUGGCCGUGCCCCUCAAGGAUGUCGUGGAUACUGGAAUCGAAUCUUUGGAGACCAUGCAGGUCAAAAUUGCCACCUGUUUUCCGGCCUCCUGCUCGGCCACCCAAAUGGAGAUGUUUGUAGGGCAGAUGUACCAAAAUAUUUUCAACUCCAGCGACAGUAGCUUGAAUAUCAGUAUCGAUGAAGACGGUUGCCAGACGAGCGAAUCUGAGCCCUGGGACUGGCUUACUAUUUUUACAGUUGUUAUUCUGUCGCUGCUAACUUUCAUAGUGGCUUUGUGCACUCUCUACGACUACUUUCUGUGUCCAAAUCAAAAGCAACUUCCAGCUUUGGUGAAGAUUAUAUCGGCCAGGGCCAAUUCUCGAGCUCUUUUCCGCGUGGUGGAUGACAGCUCCAACCCAAAUGUGAUCUCCUGUCUGAAUGGCAUUCGCUGCCUGUCCCUCAUCUGGGUGGUUUACCUCCAUGAGCACAUGUACUCCCUGAUUUCACCGAACAUAAACUUUACCCAUGCAAUUUCGUGGCUGGAGAAACCAUUUGCCAGCUUUUUUUUGCAUGGAUAUUUCUCAGUAGAUUCGUUCCUAUUUAUUGGCGGCCUACUAGUAUCCAUGACAGCCCUGCGGACUAUGGAAAAAACCAAGGGAAAACUAAAUGUUCCGAUGAUGUAUGUGCAUCGCAUUAUUCGAAUCCUUCCCGUCCUGGCCAUGGCCAUUCUGGUCUACAUGAAGAUGAUGCCAAUAGUGAGUGGAGGACCACUGUUUAAGAGUGGUUUUCAUGGCAAAGAGGCUUGUGAGAAUGGUUGGUACUGGGACUUGCUCUUUGUCCAGAAUUAUGCCACGGAGAAUUGUCUGGAUCAGUCCUGGUAUCUGGCAGUGGACAUGCAGCUCUACAUCAUCUCCCCGCUCCUGCUGAUCGCCCUCUACAAAUGGGGCAAGAAGGCGGCGGCUGGCAUAUUGGUGCUAAUCGUUCUGCUCUCUGGUUGUCUGUUUGCCACGCAGAUGGUCAACCACUACUCCAUGAUGCGCAAGUAGGUGUCUCUUUAUAGCGAGGCCAAUGCGAAGCUGUACCUGGCCACCCAUACACAUGCUGCUCCCUGGCUAAUUGGGUUCCUUUUCGGCUACUUUCUGCACCUGAAUCGGGGAAAGGAAUUCGAGCUUAAUAGACUAGUUGUGUGGUCUGGUUGGGUCCUCAGCCUGUCCAUGAUCUUCACUUCGAUAUUCGCCCUCUAUCCGGCGGGAAAGUGGAGUGCUCCUGCUCUGUCCACUGUGGAGGAGUCCCUGUACUAUACCCUCACCCGGGUGGGCUGGCCACUGGCCCUCUGUUGGAUCGUCUUAGCCUGUAUGCAAGGAUACGGCAGCUUGGCGAACAGCUUGCUCUCCUCGCCGUUGUGGCAACCUCUCUCCAGGCUCUCCUACUCCAUCUUCAUCUGGCACAUGUUUGUCCAGGAAGUGAACAGCAGAAAUGUGAGAACCAGCACCUACUUCUCGACCUACAAAGUGAUGCUCAACUUCUGGUCGGACUUCGGCAUCAGUCUGGUGAUGUCUUACUUUUUAUAUCUCAUCAUCGAGGCACCGAUCGGAGGUCUUGAUGCCCUUUGGAGACCCAGAGGAAAUCCAAAGCCCUUGACUUCAGCUGCGGCUCCCAUGAAUCAGACUGAUAACAACGUAAAUCCAGACAAGCCGACGCCAGCCUAG